AUGGAUCCGACCUUGAACGCCGAAGCUACCGAGCCGCCUGCGGUUUCAGUCGCGGAAAAGAGGCCGAUUCAGAAUGGAGCUGAAGGAGAAUUGGGGACCCAAUUCAACAAGAAGCCCAGAUUGGGACCCAAUUCGGAGAAGGACCUCAGGAGAGUGGCGGAGAUUGUGUUGGUCUUGUCGACAAUGGCCAAGAUUCGAGGAGGGAAGAAGCCCACGGAGCCCGAGAUUGGACUUAUGGGGGAAGCUAGGUCGAAGCUGGUGGAGCUAUGUGAAGGCUUGGCGCCUAAGGAUAUUGUGGCUAGGGAUGCAAUUGGAGCUGUCAUUGAGGAUUUGGGGCUUAAUGGCAAGCUUAAGGAACAGAGAUUAGGGUUUCGGGGUACCAAGUUGACCAUCGCUGAGAAGUUUUCGCUGACAAAGAAGAAGAUGGAAGAAUCCAAGAAAUACUCUGCACAACCUGCUACAUAUCCAUCUCCCCCAUUAAAAACAAACUUCAAUGCAGCAGCUGAAACCCAUGGGAUGUCACAUACUGUUCGUAUGAUUCCAACUGACAAACCAAGUCAUGCACCGAUCUCCGGAGGUUUCCCAGCGUCUUCUUCUGUGGUUCAUGUAUCUACAGUAACUCCUACAUCUGCACAGUAUCAGUUGCCCACCAAUGAAGUUAGAGCAUCCAUGGUUUCUAGUGGUUUGCCUAGCAGUCAUCUAGGAAGGGAUUCUUCUUCCCCUGCCUUGCCUAGAGUUGAAAGAGCACAGUUCAGAUCAGAUGGAGGACCAAAUGGGCCUUCUUAUGCAUUUCAAGUACAAGCAAAUUCUGCUGCAAAUCAUCCACCAGUGAAUGCUCCAACUUGGUCAGUGCAAACUCAAUCUGCUAAAAGUGGAACGGAAUACAAGGUGCCAAAUCAUACUUCUGUCAAAGCUGAAGGAAAUGCUGGUAUGAGUGUGCCACAGAUGACUCCUGUAGCAGCACGAGAUCAGAAUAUCAGGCCAUUUGUCUCACAAACAGCUUCUGGAAAUUUACCUGGUGUACAGCAGCCUUUGCAACAGAUGCACUUUGUUCAAGCUCCUUCACUUCCUAAUAAUCACAAUGAGAUUGCGAAAAUUAUUCAGAAAUUAUUACAACCACAGCCUCCUGAGCAUCCUACAUGGAUUCCUCCAUCAAGGGAUUACAUGAGCAAGGCUUUGACUUGCCAAAGUUGCCAGAUUACCAUCACUGAGGUAGAAGGUGUUCUUAUUUGUGAUGCAUGCGAGAGAGGAUAUCACAUAAUGUGUGCACAGUCAACUAAUCAGAGAGGAAUUCCUAGAGGUGAGUGGCACUGCAUGAGGUGCUUGUCGCUAAGCAAUGGAAAGCCUUUGCCUCCUAAAUAUGGACGUGUGAUGAGAAGUAACAUACAAGUAAAAAUCCCUUCCAACACAGCUGGAAUUCAAAUGUCCUCGGAGAAUAAACUGGGUGCCUUGGAUCCCAAGGUCAAUCAGCAGAAGAUAACUGCAAACGGGAGCUCUGCUUUCCAAAAUCCUGCUCAUAUUGGUAGUGGAGGCAGCAACCAUGUUGAGUCAGCAUUGGAUCCGAAGAUUUCAAAUGCUAAAGAGUUUGAACAAAAUAAUUUCCCCUCGAGCAAUAAAAAUAUGGACGAGAGACCUUUUUCUGGAAGUUUCUCAUCAAGUGAACGGUUAUCUCAACCAAAAGAUACUUCUGAAUCAAAAGCAGAGCCUCCUGCUGAUUCAUCUAACAAAGAUACUGAUAAGUCUGAUCAUUCCCAACCCUCUUCCAACCCACAAGUUGUGGACGGUGCAGCGCUGCCAAACUGUUCGAAGAUUUCAAAUGCAAAAGAGUGUCAACAAAAUAAUUUCCCAUCGAGCAAUAAAAAUAUGGAUGAGAGACCUUUUUCUGGAAGUUGCUCGUCAAGUGAACGGUUAUCUCAACCAAAAGAUACUUCUGAAUCAUCUAGAUCUGAUGAGAGACCUUCUGAAUCAAAAGCAGAGCCUCCAGCUGAUUCAUCUAACAAAGAUACUGAUAAGUUUGAUAAUUCCCAACCCUCUUCCAACCCAAAAGUUGUGGAUGGAGCAGCGCUGCCAAACUGUGCGGAAGUUCCAUCAAAGAAAUGUGAUGACCAUAAUCAUGCUUUGAAAGACCCAGAUAUUUCUCACUCAGGAGGAAAUCCUGACUAUUCUUUAAGAUACGACAUCAAACGGGAUGACCAAGGAGGUGCACAAGCAAAUACUUGUGAAAGUUCUGUAGCUAGUGGUAGGGCUUUAGACCAUUCUGGAUUGUCUACAGAUGGCUUGAAGGCUGUUCAAUGGAUUGGCGAUGCGGUUCAAGUUAACGAUGAAAAAUUAUUUUACUGUACUUGUUGCGUUGAUGGGGUAAUGUAUAAGCUGCAAGAUCAUGCUCUUUUCCACUCUAGUCUUGGAAAAUUGAUACCCUCAAAGCUUCAAUCCAUGUGGGAGGAUAGAAAAACUGGGUCAAAGUGGGUUAUUGUCAACAGGUGCUACUUUCCUGGUGAUUUGCCAGAGAAUGUUGGUCGCCCAUCUACACCUGAAAGCAAUGAGGUCUAUGAAUCUAAUCAUGAUAGCACGGUAAUGGCAGGCUUGAUUCAAGGUCCAUGUGAAGUUCUUACUCCUACUAAGUUCAGCAAAGAAUGUGAAAAACGGAGCAACUUAGGACCUGAGGCAAAUAAUGAAUUACAACCAAUAUUCCUGUGCAAAUGGAUUUAUGAUGAGUUUAAAGGAUUAUUGCAGCCUGUGUCCCAGUAA